CCAAUCCCCUGCGCAAAGACAACUAUAAACCCACCCGUGCUUCUUCCCUAACCUGUCUUGACUGCAGACGAUAAUUAUUACGAUCCAACCAUGGAUAACCACCGCAUGCGCCCGCAUCGGACGCCCUCACCAGGCCAUCCUAUACAGACCGGAUAUCAAUUAGACGACGUGCCCUAUGGCGAAUACGGUGCGCACUCGACGAGCCACCUCGAUAGGCCAGGCCCCGGUACAUAUACGCCGAGCGAUAACUUACCUCUCAAUGCUGCGCAGUCUGCUAGCGACCUCUCUCAUAGUCCCUACGGCCAUGGCCAUAAUCAAGGGUAUAGCUCUGAGUAUUCAGUCAACCCAGAACAGCAUCAUGAUGCCUAUUACAACCAACCAUACGAGCCCCAUACUGCGACAACGCCUUUAAAUGAUCACCAAGGCUAUGAUUAUGACGAGCAUGACGGACAGCCCAUGCUAACUCAGAACGAUUCAUAUUCGCAUGCGCAAGCACAAGAACCUUACAGGGAUGAGCCACAGCGACAGCCUUCGGCGCCCAUCAAGAGAUGGAAGACGGUGAAACAAGUCCUCUUAUAUCGUGGAAACUUGGUUCUUGACUGCCCAGUCCCGCCUCGUUUAUUAAACCAGCUUCCCCACGGCGAGCGUGAUGAAUUCACACAUAUGCGCUAUACCGCGGCAACAUGCGACCCGAAUGACUUCUAUAAUGAGAAUUACACUCUGCGCCAAAAGCUAUUCAGUAAACCGCGACAUACCGAACUUUUUAUCGUAAUCACUAUGUACAACGAGAACGAUAUCUUGUUUGCGAGGACCAUGAUCGGCGUGCUGAAGAACAUCGAGUACAUGUGCAGUCGCAAGGAGAGUAAGACCUGGGGCCCCGACGCCUGGAAGAAGAUUGUGGUAUGUGUCGUGAGUGACGGCCGUGCAAAGAUUAAUAAGCGCACAAAAGCUCUUCUGGCGGGUAUGGGUGUCUACCAAGAGGGUAUUGCCAAGCAACAGGUGAACGGUGAUAACGUUACGGCUCACAUCUACGAGUACACCACCCAGGUGGGCAUGCAGAUCAAGAAUGACGUGGUACAGUUGAUCCCCAAAAAGCAACCGGUUCAGAUGCUCUUCUGCUUGAAAGAGAAGAACCAAAAGAAAAUCAAUUCGCAUAGAUGGUUCUUCCAAGCUUUUGGACGCGUGCUAGAUCCCAACAUCUGUGUUUUGAUCGAUGCUGGUACUAGGCCCGGAGGCAACUCGAUCUACCAGCUAUGGAAAGCUUUCGAUUUGGAACCCAGCUGCGGCGGUGCCUGUGGUGAGAUCAAGGCUAUGUUGGGCACGGGCGGCAGGCAUUUACUCAAUCCUCUGGUUGCUACGCAAAACUUUGAGUACAAAAUGAGUAAUAUCCUGGAUAAACCACUCGAGUCGGCUUUUGGUUUCAUUUCCGUUUUGCCCGGUGCUUUUUCGGCAUACCGAUAUAUCGCGUUACAGAACGAUAAAAAUGGACAAGGCCCGCUGGAGAAGUAUUUCAAGGGUGAGACGCUUCAUGGCGCAGGUGCUGGUGUCUUCACGGCAAACAUGUACCUCGCCGAAGACAGAAUUCUCUGUUUCGAGCUGGUCACUAAACGCAAUUGCCACUGGGUCCUUUCUUACGUUAAAUCCGCUACGGGCGAGACAGAUGUGCCGGACACGGUUACCGAAUUCAUUCUUCAGCGACGUCGUUGGCUGAACGGCUCCUUUUUUGCUGCUAUCUACGCCAUUGCCCACUUCUACCAGUUCUGGCGAUCAGAUCAUUCUAUCCUGCGCAAAACUGCUUUCUUCAUAGAAUUCAUUUUCCAAACCAUUAACCAGAUUUUUGCAUGGUUCGCAAUUGGCAACUUCUUCCUUGUUUUCAAGAUCUUGACCAAGAGUCUUGGUGGCGAUCAGCUCUUGGGUAAUGCUGGCACUAUCUUGAGUGUCGUUUUUCAAUGGUUUUACGGUGUCUGCCUGGUCGCAUGUUUUGUUCUAUCCCUUGGUAAUCGCCCAGCAGGUUCCGGAAAGCUUUACACGGCUAUGGUUAUCUUUUGGUGCAUUAUCAUGAUAUAUCUGACCUUUGCCGCUGUUUUCAUCUCAGUUGUGGCAGUACAAGAACAAAUCAAGGAUGGGUUCAGCAUCAGCGCCAUCUUCCAGAACAAGGUGUUCUUCUCAUUGGUAGUAUCUCUGCUGUCCACCUAUGGCCUCUGGCUUAUUGCGUCUCUCCUCAUGUUCGAUCCCUGGCACAUGCUCACCUCCUUCGUGCAAUACUUGGCAUUGACACCUACGUACGUCAACGUGCUGAACGUGUAUGCCUUCUGCAACACGCACGAUAUUUCGUGGGGUACAAAGGGUGACGACAAGCCAGAGGAGCUUCCCAAGGUCGAUACCAAGGAUGGCAAAGGUAAGACCGACCUGCCGGACGAGGGCGAUCUAAACGCACAGUACGAGAAGGAGCUCCAAGUCUUCAACCACAAAGAACCCAAGGAAGUGAAGGGCGAGAAGUCCGAGGCGCAAAAGGCAGAAGACCAGAUGGAUUACUACCGCUGGAUCCGCUCCCUCGUUGUCCUGAUCUGGAUCUUUACGAAUUUCGGCUUGGUCGCACUUGUCCUCAGCACGGCGGGCGUCGAAGACCUGAAUGGCCAGCCCGACACGGAGGCCUCGGAAGAGGCGCGCUCCACGCUGUACACGACGAUUAUUCUGUGGAGUGUAGCGGGUCUGAGCGCGUUCAAAUUCAUCGGCGCCUUGUGGUUCCUUAUUGUCCGCUUGUUUAGGGGUGUAUAGAAAGACUUGUUAUAUUGUUCGAAAAAGAAAACAGAAUAUUAAGAAAGGAUUACUUCACUUUAC